AUGGCCGAAGCCAGUCCCAAAAAGAAACACUCGCCAACAAAGGGCAAACUGACCACAAAAAGUCCAUCACUCAGCGACUCCUCCGGUCCAGCCAAUGAUGCAGGAAUGACCAUGGCCACUUCAAGGGUAGAUAACGAAGGCGAUGAGGCAGCAGACUACCAGAUUGUGGCCGCCAUUGACUUUGGGACCACGUUCAGCGGGUAUGCAUACAGCUUUGCCUCCAACAAACAGGCGAUUCAUGUCAACAAAAACUGGGGACAGACGCAAGGUUUUUUGCUGCACAAAACCCCGACUUGUCUCCUCUUGAAAUCUGAUGGUCAGUUUGAAGCGUUUGGCUUUGAGGCUGUGUCUAAAUACAACGAGUUGUCUGAGGACGAGGCGUGUUCAUAUUAUUACUUUGACCGCUUCAAGAUGAAGCUCUAUAAUAAUAACCAAUUGACAACGGACAUCACGAUAUCCGACGCUAAUGGGAAGACGCAACCUGCUGUUGACGUCUUCGCCCAUUCCCUGACUUUUAUGAAGAAGCACCUGCUGCGAGCCAUUAGCACCCACCUAGGUUAUGACCCACAUCCAGACACCGUCAGAUGGGUGCUCACUGUCCCAGCCAUUUGGGAUGAGAAUGCCAAGCAGUUCAUGCGUGAAGCGGCUCAUAAGGGUGGUCUGAUUGAGAAGACCCACAGUGAACAGCUGGUUAUAGCCUUGGAGCCAGAGGCGGCCUCCCUCCACUGUCGGAACCUGCCCGCCACUGACUUUGUGGGCUACAAGGACACCGCCUUGUCUAAACCAACCUUUGAACCUGGAACCAAAUACCUUGUGGUUGACGCUGGAGGAGGAACCAUCGACUGUGUAUCUCACAAAAUUAGAAAAGACGGCCGGAUCAGAGAAUUGUUUCGUGCCACAGGCGGAGCCUGGGGAGGCACCAUCAUUGACAGACAGUUCAAGAACUUGCUAGAGAGUAUCUUCGGUGAGGAAUACAUGGCCACCUUCCAAAAGGAAUUCCCUAAAGAUUUUGUUGAGUUGCUGCAGGACUUUGAGAUCAAGAAACGAGGAGAGUGCGAGAGCAUCCGAGUGUCCCUGCCUUACAACUUCUGUAACUACAAACACAAUGGUGUUUCUGUACAACAAGCCAUCAAGAAUUUUUCUGCUGAGAAAGGAAGCAGCGAUAUCAAAUUUUCCUCUGGAAAACUGGUGAUGUCUUCAAGCCAAGUCAAUGCUCUGUUCAAAGAUGCUUUAGAUCAGAUAAAUGACCAUGUGGAAUCUCUCCUUCACAAGCCUAAAUGUAAAGACUUGAACAAUAUAUUCCUUGUAGGAGGCUUUGCCGAAUCCACCCGCCUUCAGAGCUCCAUGAGGGAGAGAUUCGGGGAACGUGUUACUAUUUUGGUCCCAGAGGAAGCAAGUCUCGCUGUUGUCAAGGGAGCUGUGGCUUUUGGCCACGACCCAAGCGCCAUCUGCCAGAGAAUUUGCAGAUUUACAUAUGGUGUUGGAAGUUAUCUCCCCUUCGAAGAUGGCGUCCAUCGUGAAGAUCUUCGGGUUGAUUCUGAUGGAAUGGACUUAUGCAAGCACAUCUUCCAAACUUGGGCAGAGGCGGGAGAGGUCAUAGGUCAUAAUGAAAUAUGGCGGGAGACUUAUACACCGAUCAUCAAUAACCAGAGAGGGAUUAUUUUCGAAUUUUUCAGGUCAUCCAAGAAGAAAGUCCAGUACACGGAUGAACCGGGAGUGGAGAAAUGUGGAUUCUUGGUUGUGGAAAUGCCUGAUCUAACCGGCGACCGUGACCGUGCUGUUGACCUGGAAGUCAUCUUCGGGGGCACGGAGAUUAAGGUCGUAGGUUAUGACCACACUAGCACAACUCGCCAUGAGACCUAUAUAGAUUUUCUGAACGCUUGA